UUAUUUCAAAACCGACUUUCGUGCAAAGAAGAUCGUUAAAUAGUGAUCGUUGUUGUUUGUCAUAAUGGCCAAAAGCCUUUUUAUAUCAACCCUACUGUUGGUGGGAGUUGCCCUGUCCUCGUAUGGGUCAGUGCAAGCCUCUGAACAAUCGGCCCGUAUUGUCUGCUACUUCAGCAAUUGGGCCGUCUAUCGACCAGGCCUGGGACGUUAUGGCAUUGAAGAUAUUCCAGCUGAUAUGUGUACCCAUUUGGUGUAUUCCUUUAUUGGAGUCGAUGAUAAAUCAUGGCAAGUGCUGAUCAGUGAUCCUGAAAUUGAUGUGGAACAAAAUGGUUUCCGUAAUUUUACACAAUUGCGUCAUAGCCAUCCGAAUUUGAAGUUACAAAUUGCCGUUGGUGGUUGGGCCGAAGGUGGUUCGAAAUAUUCGCGUAUGGUGGCAGUAAGGGAAAAUCGCUUGCGUUUUAUAAGCAGCGUGGUGGAUUUCAUGAAGAAAUACGAUUUUGAUGGGUUUGAUUUGGAUUGGGAAUACCCCGGAGCCACAGAUCGUGGUGGCACCUUUGCCGAUAAGGAUAGAUUUUUGUAUUUUGUACAAGAGCUGCGUAGAGCAUUCGAUAGAGAAGGUCGUGGCUGGGAGAUAACCAUGGCAGUGCCAGUGGCCAAGUUCCGUUUGCAGGAGGGUUAUCAUGUGCCCGAGUUGUGCGAAGCUCUGGAUGCCAUACAUGCCAUGACCUACGAUUUGCGUGGCAAUUGGGCUGGAUUCGCUGAUGUCCACAGCCCCUUAUACAAACGCAAACACGACCAAUAUGCCUAUGAACGUUUGAAUGUCAAUGAUGGUCUGGCUUUGUGGGAAGAAAUGGGUUGUCCUGCCAAUAAGUUGGUGGUGGGCAUACCCUUCUAUGGGCGCACCUUCACCUUAAGCAGCUCCAACAAGAACUAUAACAUGGGCACCUACAUUAACAAGGAGGCGGGAGGAGGUGCUCCUGGCCCCUUCACCAAUGCCAGUGGUUUCCUUGCCUAUUACGAAAUUUGUCCUGAGGUCAAGGAUAAAUCAAGUGGCUGGACUGUGGAAUGGGAUGAUGAGGGUAUGGUACCCUACACCUAUCGUGACACACAAUGGUUGGGCUAUGAGAAUGAGGCUUCGGUACAAAUAAAAAUGGAUUGGAUCAAGAAGAAAGGCUAUGCUGGGGCCAUGACUUGGGCCAUUGACAUGGAUGAUUUCCAUGGGCUGUGUGGUCGUCCCAAUGCCUUGAUGCAUAUCUUGUACAGCAACAUGAGAAACUAUCGGGUGCCGGAACCAACGCGUGAAACAACGCCUAGGCCCGAAUGGGCCAAACCCCCAGCAACAUCACCUAAUCCCGACGAGGGCAGUCUGCUGCCACCAGUAGUAACCACAACCACGCGCAGACCCCAACAUGUGACAACGAAACCGAAACCAAUACCUUCGGUAACCACCACAACCACCAAGAAACCUAUGAAGGCCACUAAGAGGCCGACGACUACUGCUGCACCCAUACCAGAUCCUGUGGAGCCUGAAAUUGUACAAAAAGAUCCAGAAGUAGUGGUAGCAACAGUAACAGAGGCACCAGACCUAAGUCAUAUCGAUUGUACGCACAAAGAUUAUGUGCCACAUCAGGAUUGCAGAAAGUACUAUCGUUGCGUGCAUGGUAAGCCUGUGGAAUUUGAAUGCAAAGAGGGCACUGCCUUCCACACUGUGUCAAAUGUCUGCGAUUGGAUUGAGAAUAGUGAUCGCUACUAUUGUACCCGGUUGAAGGACAAACAUAUGGGCAAUGAAGCCUAAAAAAUUUCGUCGUAAAUUGUCAUCCCAUAGAUUCACUCAAACAUUUGACACCUACACACAUAAUAGACACUCACACACACAUACACAAAAAUUCAUUAAUUCACACAUAGACACACCCACUUGCAUUUCAUUUGUAUUUCUGGUUCUAAUAGAACCAAAAUCCCAACUAACUGAGAACUAAACUAAACAAAAACUAUUACUAUUAAAUGAAUUACAUUUUAAGAAUAUUUUUAAAUGGCAUUUCGAAA